AUUUUGUCAUUUAUAAGAAAUUUCUUAUAAAUUUAUUUUUGGUAGCUAAAUUUUUUACUGAAACGGAAAGCGACACAAAAUUAUAGGAAACUAAAAAUGAAAAAAAAAAAAAAAAAAAGAAGCAAAAUCCCGGUGCCUGCAAAUAUGUGAAACAAGAUGCCCAAUCAAGUCAUUUGAAUCUUCCCAAAACCCCCACCCCAAAAAAAAAGGUACACGUCCUCCCAAAAGUCAAAACACGAAAACCGCCUCGUGCCGGUGUCCCCUAUUCGUCUUCUCUCCCUUUAAACGCCGUUUCUAUAUUGUCCGUACAGCCAUCUGCCUGUUUCUCAGCUCUCGGCACUCUCCUUCAUUCUCGCAUUCUUUUUCUCCUCUUUCAAAAUCCCUAAAAACUCGUAAAAACUGCCAUGGCUCAAAUUAACCGUCCCUCAAAACCCUAAAACCUCUUUUAUUUUUUAUUUUUCAUUUUCUAUUAUUUCUUUAAUCGCAAAGAGUUGGUGCAGUCGAAUGGAUGGAGUAAGUAGCAGUAACAACAGCCCAAACGAUGCAUCGACGAGGGGCGGAGGAACUCAAACGUCGGCGGAACCUCAACCAACGCCACAGCCGGUGCCGGUGCAGAGUGCGAACGCUCCACCGCCUUUCUUGAGCAAGACUUACGAUAUGGUGGAUGAUCCCGCCACCGAUGCCAUCGUUUCUUGGAGUACAACCAACAAUAGCUUCGUUGUUUGGAACCCUCCGGAGUUUGCACGGGAUCUCUUGCCCAAGUAUUUUAAGCACAACAACUUCUCGAGCUUCGUCAGGCAACUAAACACCUAUGGUUUCCGAAAGGUUGAUCCAGACCGCUGGGAAUUUGCAAAUGAGGGAUUUUUAAGAGGUCAGAAACAGCUGCUUCGAAACAUUAGCCGGCGAAAGCCUGCCCAUGGCCACGGUCAUCAGCAGACACAGCAAUCACAUGGACACAGUUCUUCUGUUGGUGCCUGUGUUGAGGUUGGGAAAUUUGGGCUUGAGGAAGAGGUUGAGAGGCUUAAGAGAGACAAGAAUGUGCUUAUGCAGGAACUUGUUAGGUUGAGGCAGCAGCAACAGGCUACUGAUAACCAACUGCAGACCAUGGUGCAACGUCUUCAGGGUAUGGAGCAGCGGCAGCAGCAGAUGAUGUCAUUCUUGGCAAAGGCUGUGCAGAGCCCUGGCUUUUUGGCUCAAUUUGUGCAGCAGCAAAAUGAGAGCAAUAGGCGCAUAAAUGAAGCCAAUAAGAAAAGGAGGCUCAAGCAGGAUGUUAUCAUUGAUAAUGAGCAAUCUAGUGCCUCUGAUGGACAGAUUGUUAAAUAUCAGCCUUUGAUGAAUGAGGCUACAGCAAUGCUUAUGCAGAUCAUGAAAGGGGAUUCUUCUCCCAGGUUGGACUCCUUUAACAACAGUCAUGAAAAUUUCCUGAUUGGUGAUGGUUUGUCAUCAUCCAAUGGAUUGGAUGGUGGUAACUCUUCAAGCCGAUUAUCAGGGGUGACUCUGCAAGAGGUCCCACCAACAUCAGGGCAUUCAACAUAUGUACCCGCAACUUCAGGGAUCUCAGGGCAUAGCCCCUCAGUUGCCAUAUCUGAAAUACAAUCUUCUGCAUGUACGACAUCCUCUGAAAAGAUUACAACAGCGCAAUUUCCAGAUGUGAGUGCACUGGUUGGAGCACAAAAGCCACCAUCCAUGUCCAUUCCUCAGACAGAUGUAAUUAUGCCCGAGCUUUCUGAAAUGCCAGAAAUGGUCCCAGAAAGCAUUGUUAAUAUGCCUACAGGAAAUUACGUGGGAUCUGAAACUGGGAAUGGUGGAUUUAUUGAUCCUUCUACAUUUGAUGUAAAUGGUUCAGUUCCCAUAGAACUUGAUGACAUUGCUCCUGAUCCUGACAUAGAUGCCUUGCUGGAUAGUUCUACUUUCUGGGAAGAUCUUCUUGUGCAAAGUCCAGUUCUUGAGGAUAUUGAAUCAACCUCAAUGGAUGGUGAUAGCAAGGGCAAUGAAGGGCAGUUGAUGGACAGUGGAUGGGACAAAUCUCAGCAUAUGGAUAAGCUUACUGAACAAAUGGGUCUUCUUAGAUCAUAUAACAAGAGGGUAUAAUUGCCAACAGUCACGUGGUCUGUUGGUAGAAUACUAAACUCUUAGUUCCAGUGAUAGACUUCAAAUCCUGCCAGUUUCAAAUACCAAAAAAGAGGGUCUAGUCUGUUUUACCAAAAUCUUCAUUGCCUUUCACUUUUAUUUGAGGUAAACUUAUUGAGUUUUAUAAUCACAUGAUCUUCUUAUUUUAGCCAUUGGAAAAGUACUAAUGCCUUCAUUAUUUUUGUUUUGCACUCUCAUAUAUAUAGACCUAAACUAAGUUUUGUUUUUUAUUAUUUCCAAGUGGAGAUAUUCUUUCACUUCACCUUUGUGCUGGGCCCAAAGGCCUUGUCUGUUUGGUCAUUGGUGGUGUUAGGCAAUUGGUUUGAUGUAUACCUUUUUUUUUUUUGUUGUUUAAAAAGUCUUUUGUAUGGGUUUCUGUUGUUCUCUAGGGGGCUGCCAUUAUUUCGAAGGUAUAUCUCCCUUUAAAAGGGAUGCCACUCGCUGAAAAUUCGUUCUUCUUAUCCCUGUUUCAUUAUAUUUACACUUUUCAUGCAGGCUACGUGACAUGUAAAAACCUUUAUAGCAAGUUUGAUGCCUCCUAAGUUCACAUCCUUAAUUCCCUGAUGAAACAAUUUUCUGAAUGCCUCCGAAUCUGAUAUAUUUAAUUUGAUGUGGAUAUGCUGUGAAGAAUUUGUGCUAAUGUCUGUGUGUGUGUGUGUUUUAUUUUUUUAUUUGUGGUUAUUGAACAUUGUUAUCAAUGGUUUUGAGGCGUGUCAUAUCUUGCUCUUACCUUCUAGGUUUAGGCAUGAGUAGGACCUGAGUAUGGUAAAACAACAUGUAUUGGCUGAUGCUGUAAACUAAAGAUAAAGUGAAACUGGGAGGUUUAGGGUUGGUGAGAUUGGGAUGAUUGCUUCCUUGGAUUGGGAGAAAGGCAGUGGCAGGUGAUGUUAUGCCUACCAAAGGGCUAAUAUGGUGGUUUGCCUGGCCAGGCUUCUUCCUUGUGAAGGAUUAUCCAUAAUUGUUUCAUGAAUGUUUGUAUCACUUAACUGUUAAAUGUUAUAUUAUUCCGUGAAUGAUCAGAACAUGAGAAGAAUAAAUAAGGUGUGAAAUUUAGCCAAUCAAACAAUUAAAGGAUAUAACGUUAUUAUGGACCAAAAGUAUAUCUGAAAUUAGCUGCCAAGUUAAUGGUUGUAUCGAGUUGGCUGUAGAAAAUUGGAGAAAGCUCCGUUUCUUUUUUAUUUAAGGCAAAAAAUCCAAAUGAAAGCAGUUAAAAGGAGCAUAUUGUCAAAUACUACUAAUAGAUUGGUCCAUAUUCUUAGGAGCGACGUUUAAGACUAGAACUUCUGCUGCAAAUGAGCUAAACCCAAGCUGAAGUUGACUCGCUUCUUCACUUCUUACUAGGUACAUUAGUCUUUGAAGUUUGAUUCAUUUGGCAAGCAAUGCCAUGCCUUCGUUUCAUAUCUCUUUUCUCUAACAACUCGUACUUAAAAGAAGGGGUUUCACGUAUAACUUCGGACGCGCACGCUUUUGUUAUUGUAGUUAAAGCGAAAUACGGCUGUUACAUGGUUUGACCUUCCAUUUCGCAUUGUGAUCCUAAUAACUCGAUAUGCUGAUACAAUCGGCACAUUUCCUUUUUCAUUUUCCCCCCUACUUAUCUUCAUCCCUCUGAUAUUAUCAAAGCUUUGCUCGAAUCACAGGAUUCAAUCAAUCGAACGGCUUCUGUCUCCCUCCACUUAUUUCGCUAUUGAAAUCUUAAUUUUAGAAGCACAUGUUUAACGAUUAGCCAUGAAAAUUGGCAUGCUGUUACCAGAGAAUAUAUAAAAACUUACAAAAUUUAAUAAUGAUAAAAAAUAAAAAGACACGUGUCAGUCCAAGAACUGACAAAUGCUGACAUAACCCAGAGUCCCUUAAAUAUGGGAUUGUCACAGCCCACAAUCUCAACUUAUGUAUUU